AUGGCAAGCAGGUUCGAAGCCUCUGUGAUUGAGGAGCGGCGAAAAGGGGCUGAGGACUUGCUUCGCUUCACUGUGCAUAUCCCCGCGCUCAACAACAGCCCCCAACUGAAGGAGUUCUUCCGGGGUGGGGAGGUGACACGGCCCUCCCAGGUGUCCAGGGACCUGCACAUCCUGCCACCCCCUCUGAUCCCCACACCGCCUCCUGAGGAGCUCCAACCACCACCUGAUGAGUCCUGGUUACCCCAGCCACUCCCCACAGAGAAGAGGGGCCUUGAGGAGUUGGAGGUGCCAGCGGACCCCCUGCCAUCCAGCCCAGCCCAGGAGGCCCUGGAUCUUCUCUUUAACUGUGGGAGCACCGAGGAGGCGUCUAGUUCCCCUGCCCAAGGCCCCCUCACUGAGGCCGAGCUUGCCCUCUUCGACCCCUUCUCCAAGGAAGGUAACAGCUGGGACAAUCAGAGGGAGGGCUGGGCAGAAGGUGCUCAGAGGAAGGGAGGCAGGCAGUGCCACCAGGUAGGCUGUGGUGCCCGUGUAAGUCUGCACCUGCCCUCUGUGGGCAAAUGGCAGCCUCCAGGAGAACUAGAAGCAGGCCCCAUCGCCCGGUGCCAGGGCGUGGCAAGCUGGAUGCCCUUGUGCAGUGAGCAGCCAUGGAGGAAUGAAAUAAGCCACUUCCCAGGGGGGAUCUUCUCCCUGCAGAAGCUCUGGAAGGAGCAGGGGCCACCCUGCUUCGGGCUGGCUCAGGGUCUGGCUGGAGACCCUGAAGUCAGGAGAGGCCUAUUGGUCAAGGCGGGUGAGGCCUGGGCUCAGGGAGCAGCAGGGGAAGGCCCUGGAGAAGCUGUUGGCCUGUUGGGGCACCAAGACGGAAGGGGCCCCAUGGAGGUCCAGGUCCUGAGCUCCUGGCACUGA